AUAAGCCUCACCCGCCUAGUGCGAAAACCCUAGCCAAAUUAGGGUUCGCAGAUCGCCUGCGCAAGGAGAAACAGACAAUUCCUCAUCGCCGCUUCAGCAACCGUCUUUGAACAUGGCGACUCAGAUGAGCAAAAAGCGAAAGUUUGUGGCUGAUGGAGUGUUUUUCGCCGAGCUGAAUGAGGUUCUGACGAGGGAGCUUGCAGAGGAUGGCUACUCCGGGGUCGAGGUUAGAGUCACUCCGAUGCGGACCGAGAUCAUUAUCAGAGCCACCCGCACUCAGAACGUUCUUGGUGAGAAGGGAAGGAGGAUCAGAGAGCUGACAUCAGUUGUACAGAAGCGGUUCAAGUUUCCGGAGGGUAGCGUGGAGUUGUACGCUGAGAAGGUCAACAACAGGGGGCUUUGUGCCAUUGCUCAGGCUGAGUCUCUCCGUUACAAGCUCCUUGGUGGCCUCGCUGUUCGGAGGGCUUGCUAUGGUGUCUUGAGAUUUGUUAUGGAGAGUGGGGCUAAAGGAUGCGAGGUCAUCGUCAGUGGAAAGCUGAGGGCACAGCGUGCCAAGUCCAUGAAGUUUAAGGACGGGUACAUGAUUUCUUCUGGCCAGCCAGUCAAUGAAUAUAUUGAUUCAGCUGUCAGACAUGUUCUUCUGAGACAGGGGGUGCUUGGUAUCAAGGUCAAGAUCAUGCUUGAUUGGGAUCCCAAGGGAAAGCAAGGUCCAAUGACACCACUUCCAGAUGUUGUGACAAUCCAUACUCCUAAAGAGGAAGAGGAAUACAUCAAGCCAGCUUUGAUAACAACUGAGGUUGAACCUCCCAUGGCUUAAGCGAUAAAUCAUCAGUAGUAGCUGUCUUUGUCCGUACAAGCAAUUUCCUCAAAUGUGUUUUUGGUGUUAAUUUUCUAUCUGGCUACUGGAUUUUUGUUCCUUUUUCUUUGCAUUCGAGAAUGUUGGGUACUAUUAGAGUUACCUUUGAGCACUGGCCAAGUUAAGUUUUGCUUCAAGCCUAUAAUGAGAUUUCCUCU